AUGCGGCAGCAGUUCGGAGCGACUAAAUUCCGCAACGCUGUUCCUGCAGUUCCGGCGCGAGACCACUGGUACCGCACCCACUUGCCUAGCGCCAGUGACGCACCCCAGAACACAGUCGCCUACAGCUCUGUGGUCAAGACCAACCGCGAGCAUGUCGUGACUGUAACUCCGUCGGGUGAUGUUAGCAUCAGGAGGUACGAUGCCGUCGGCGACAAGGAAGGGGAGGCAUGGCAGGGCAAGCUUGGAUCUGUCGCCGACUGGGACCUAUCUCGCCUCGAAGGAGGAGAUAUGGUCGUUGCUGGCGCGGAUGGGACCGCUCCGGAACAGCAGGCGAGCUUCAAAGCGCCAGCUCGUGUGACCUCGAUCGCGCUGCACCCGACGACCCGUGGUAUUGCGCUCGCGUGCUCGACCGUUGUCGAAGUCUACGAUCUUCACGCCGGGGAGGCGGUGAUUAAGCUGAACGUCCCGGACAACCAGCCCCUUUGGUCAGCGGCGUGGAAGAGCGACGGACGACUCAUCGCAGAUGUCACCAAGAAGGGGCAGAUGUACGUCUGGGACCCUCGCGCCAGUGCCGACCCGAUCACGAAGCGCGACCUCGCCACGGUGCUCCAGGCGCUGAAGCCGGUGCGCGUUGCUUGGGCGGGCGACGAUGUGUUUGUGACAUCGUUCUCCCGCACACGGGCUAGGCAGUACUCGCUCUUCAAGCCCGACCUCAGCACGAUCUUCACCGCCAGCGUGGACAACAGUCAGGGUCCACUCUCGCCCCUGGUGGACGAGGAAAGGCGCAUCGUUUAUCUCGUUGGAAGAGGCGACAUGACACUUCGCCAGAUCGAACUUUCCGGACCCCAAGGAUAUCAGGAGGUUACGCACCCUCUGCAAUACGCCGUGUGCUCGGGCUCGCUCGCUGCCGCGCACUGGUCUACGCUGCCGGUGAUGGAAGCCCGUGUCGCCAGCAUUCUUCUUCCCGUCGUGGACAAGGAUGGAGAGACACUCAUGCCAGUCCACAUCAAUGUGCCCCGCCGCCAGCUCAUCGACUACCAUGCCGAUCUGUACCCUGACGUUGUUGGCGGUGUACCGGAACAGGAGGCAAAGGCGUGGUUCGACGGAGGCGAUAACAAGCCCCUGCCCGUGUCCCUUGACCCCACGAGGCGGGGAGAAUGGGAGAAGAGCGUGGCAUCGUACGCGCCUGCUCCGCGGACAUCGACUACAAAGUCGAAUGUUCAGGCGCCGCAAGAGCCGUUGCCGAACAUGGCUAAGCCGGACCCGAAGUCUGAGGCCAGGGCCGUUUCGCCGGAACCGUCACCAGAGCCCGAGAAGAAGGCUGCGGCUGCUCCCGCUCCUGCCUCUGCUACCGCCACUCCUGCUUCGACUAAGCCAGCUGCACAGGCUUCCUCGAGUGCCUCGGCUGCGUCGAAUGACCUCCCGAAGCCCCAGGACGGCGAAGACUACGCAUCGACAUCGUACAAGGUUCGCAACGUGUGCGAGCGACUGGAGCAGUUCCGCAAGGAACACGUCAAGGAUCACAAGAGUCCUCUGAUGGUUGGUUUGCAGGGUCCUCAGGGCUGCGGCAAGACGACGCUCUGCGAUGCACUCCUCCAGCACCUCCGGGACAAGGGACUCAAGGUCGCCGUUUUGUCGCUGGAUGAUCUGUACCGCACACACGACGGGCUGAAGAAGGUCGCCGAGGAUCACCCUAACAACCCUCUCCUUGCUGGUCGUGGACCACCCGGCACGCACGACAUGGAGCUGGCGGCUGACGUCUUGAACAAAAUCGUCCACAUCAACGACAACAAUGGACACGUCGACUUGCCCGUCUUUGACAAGAGCCUGUGUGGCGGCGAGGGCGACCGAAGCGUAAAGACAGUUCCCGUUGAUGGGCCGCUGGACGUCUUCGUGCUCGAGGGGUGGUCGAUGGGCUUCGGGCCUUUGACACCGUCGGCGCUGAAGGAGCGUUACGAGAAGAAGGAUGGCAAGUACUUCCCGCAACACUCCCUCGAGUCCCUGACGGACCUAAACGAGAGCCUGGUUCAGGUGUCGCAGAAGAUGUACCCGCCAUUCACCGCGCUGGUGCAGGUGGAGCCGACGAGCUACGACUACGUCUUCGACUGGCGCCUGCAGCAAGAGCACAACAUGAAGGCGGCCAACGGAGGCAAGGGCAUGACCGAUGAGCAGGUGCACAAGUUUGUCGAGCGAUACAUGCCUGAGUACGAGGUGUGGGGCGAGACGGUGCUGGCCAAGGACGCACCGUGGGCUGGUCACGUCAUUCGCAUGAAGUAUGGCAAGGACCGCGAGGUCCUCAAGUUCGAGACGCCCAAGAGUGACAAACCAAACAUGUUUGGCAUGUCCGAGCCCGCCGGAGCUCCGGCAUCGAAGGCGAAGAAUGAGACUAAGCCUACGAAUGCCGCGUCUGAAACCAAGACAACGCAGAGGAAUCCAGCGGCCCACACGUUCCACCCACAGAAGCUGCCUGGUCUCGAGGAGGCGCCUGAGUCCCGGACCAUGCCGGGCGAGACGCCGUCGAAGGUCAUUCCCGGAACUCGUGAGUCGACUCUCGCUGGAGUAGUUCCGGAGGAGAAGCCGAAGACACAGGACAGGCCACGCUACAACCCCACCUGGUCUCGCAAGUUCAUGGGUGCGCGCUCGCCACUGAACCCGACGUACUACGAGAUCCCUCCAGUGGCGACGCUGCACCAGGACUCGUGCGUUCUGCACAUCACGAACCGUCUUGCCUUGUUCCCGAUCCAGGGUCCCGGCGGGCGGGUCUGCGUGCACCCUCUCGCUCAGAAGGGUCGCAUGCCGGACGGUGGCAAGGGCUUCCUGUCCGGCGGCGCCGGUUUGACUGACUUUGCUGCCUUUGCUGGUGAAGAGCAGGACACUGUCGUGCUUGCUGGGGACGAUGGUGCGCUCCGUGUCUGGCGCGUGGGUAAGGAGGGUAUUGAAGGUCCCGGCCCCGAGCCUGAGCAGACUAUCAAGGCGGGCAUGGACAAGAUCGCACACGUCGCAUUCCACCCGACGGCUUGGAAUCUCGUUGUCGUGGCCAGCAAUGAUCUGAAGUCGCCUGCGCUGCACUUCUUCGACAUCUCUGAGGGUCAGCACCAGCUGCACGUCCCGCUCGACGUCGGUCAGAUCUUCACGUUUGCCAUUUCGCACAAUGGCUCAAAGGUGGCGCUUUCGUGCAAGAACUCGCAGAUUGUUGUGCUCGACCCGCGCCAGCCGGAGAAGAUGGUGAAGGGCAAAGCGCACGACUCGCCGCGCUCGUUCCAGCUCGCGUGGAUUGACGACACGCAUCUCGUGUCUGUCGGCUUCAACCGCGGCUCCAUGCGCAAGAUCAACCUGUACGAGGUCACCGACAAUGAGGUCAAGACUCUCGCCUCGUCCACGAUCGAUGUAUCCCCCUCUGUGCUCUUCCCAUCCUACGACCCCGACACCAACAUCCUCUACGUAUGGGGCAAGGGCGAGCGUGCGAUUCAGGCGUUCGAGAUCCAGCCCGGGGCGAACGAGCCGAUUGCCAAGCUCCCUGCGUUUACCGGCUCUGCGCCUCAACUCGCCGUCGCAUUCUUCCCGAAGACGGCUUGUGACGUGCGCAAGGUUGAGGUCAGCCGCGCGCUCCGCCUCACGGCGAAGACGCUCGAGGAUGUCACGUUCACCAUUCCUCGCAAUAAGCCCCAGUUCUUCCAGGACGACAUCUACGUUGAUACCCUUGACCCGACGCCCGUGACGCUCGCGGAGCAAUGGAUCAACGGCGACGACACCCCGCCGAAGAAGCUCAGCCUCCGCCCCGAAGGCAUGGAGAUCCUCAGCGAGGCGCCUGCACCAACUGUCGUCAAGAAGAAGUUUGUCCCUGCCGCCCAGGUCAUGAGUGAGGAGGAGAAGAGGCAGAAGGAGAUGGACGCGCUGUUCGCACGCGCGCAGGCGGAUGUGAGCGACUCCGAGUCAGAGCCGGAAGUAAAGGGUCUCCCUCCGCCUGACGACGACUGGUAG